AUGACAUUAAAGUAUACUCUUGAUAAAAGUGGGAGGAGAAAAUGGAAUAAAGAGUUAUAUGCCAAUGAAUAUUUUGAAGGAAAGUGGAAUGGAGAAGAAGAUAUCUCUCAACUUCCAUCAAGAGAAGAGUCAUUAAAGUUAGUUAAUAAGAAAGGAUCAGCUAUACUAACAAAGAAACAGGGAGGUCUUUAUUGUUCGAUUUGUAAUAAAAUGUUUAGUGAUUCUACUAGUUUUACUACACAUUUAAAUUUACCAGAACAUAUAGAAAAAGCUGGGAUUGAAACAAAUUUUAAAACACCAACAGUCGAUGAUAUUAAAACAAAACUACAACUUCUUCAAGAAAAGAGAAGAGAAGAGAAAGAAACUCCUGAAGAAAAAGAGCGUAAACGACUUGAAUGGAAAGCUUCAAGAAAAGAAAGAAAACGAGAAUGGAAAAAAAGACAACAACAAACAAAAGAAAAAGAUCCCGAAAAUCAAAAUAAUAAAAGGUCAAGAUCAAAUAGCAGAACAAGAACAGAAAAAUAA